AUGGUUCGACAGAAGAACGAGCCGAACAAAAUCGACGGGCGGAAACGCGACUCGAUCGGGGAAACGUGGCGAGAUGAGCGAAAUGACGAAGAUAAGGGAAAGCCCAUCGUACCCGUUCAACAACAACACAAUGAUGCACAGGAAGAAGCGGAUCGCUUACUUCACAAAUGGGAAAUGAACCCGGAACCGUCAGAGGAAUACCUACGUAUUAUUGAUGAAAAUCGUUACAUGAUGAAAAUCAGCGAGAAGGCCUCCAAUAAGUCGAAUGCGAGGUUUUGGUUUAACGUGAAGAAAAUCGAGGACAAGUACGCGAGGCGGGAUCCGGACAAAGAGAUAAUCUACGACUUCAAGAUGAAAAAAGUCUUUGUGUCCAAGGCGAUCACUGAUGAGGAGGCGUUGAAACAAAUGCAAAAGUUGACCGAGAUGCCCGAGUUUGGGGAGAGCGUUCUAUCGUGUUUCGAUUCGUCAACACAAGAGGAUGAUUCGCCCGCGCAAAAGAGGGUGAAUCGCCAGAGGGGCGUGCUGAAUAAGAUAUUCGAAAUGCAGUACGAGUCGUGCCCACUUGCCCUGUUGCCAAAGGAGCCGACUCUACAGCUACCACCACCACCAGUUCUCCUACCAGUCGAGGGGGUGCCCACCGAGAGGGAGACACGCAAAAGGACGAUUACCAUCACUGGAGCGGCCUCGGAAGUGUUACGAAUCAUCUCCUCGACAAACAACAUCUUCGCCCUCUUCUCCAACGAGAAACCAGCGCUGACGGGUGAUGCGACUGUGGAAAAAAAAAACGAGGCUGAGCCAACCGUCGAGAAAAACGUUGAAAAACUGGAUGCGAAUCAUAUGAAAUGCGUCAAAGAAGAGCUGAUCGAUUUCCCGGUCAAUUCGAUGAUGAACAACGCUGAUCUCACAAAUCGACGUUCAUCGCGAAGAAAAACGAUCGAUAAUGCUUUCAACGAUGAAUCGAUGCAAAUCGUCAAGAGGAAACCAAAGGAUUUUGAAAUUUCCCCAAGGCAACCCUCUCAAUCGGUACAAAAGUCUCAAUCUGUCAAGUCUCAGUCUCAAUCAAUCGAGCGUUGCUUUUAUGUU